AUGUCAAGCACGCGUAGAAAUGAACCUCAAACAGCAGCAAUUUCCUCAACCAAUCCCUCAGCACGCAUGAAAACCGCACAAGCAGUUCUCCAUGGCUACAGCACUCUCAAGCCCGAAGACAUGCUAGCCCCCCUCUCACCAACCUUCACCCACAAAGUCCUCCCCGCCUCCCUCAACAUGCCAGCACGGGAUCUCGAAGCCUUCAAAGUGCACGCCGGCCGCAUCGGCUCCAUAUUCAGCAGUUUCAAAAUGGUUCCUCAACGCAUGUUUGAGGAUCCAGAUAGGAAUUCAGUGGUGAUUUACGCCAAGAUGAUUGGGGAGCUGACGCAGUUGGGACCGUGGGAGAAUGAGUGUUUUAUGACGAUGAAGAUGAGUGAGAAUGGGGAGAAGGUGGAGGAGAUUACGGAGUUUGUGGAUAGUGCGAAGGCAAAGUUGUUGCAUGAGAAGUUGAGUGGGUUGGGGAAGAGUAAUGUUAUGAGGGAUGGAAAGGGAGGGUUUGCGAAGAGUUUGAAUCUUGGGUUGGAUAAGUGGUUAAUGUUGGGCUAUGUGCUUAUUUUGGUGAUGUUCUUGUACGGGAAGUUUUAA